AUGGCGACCACAGAAUUGGAAUUUCCAUGUUCUCUUACCCUCGACAUACCCCUCCCCACCCCACGCCUCGCAUCCGCCGCCCUCUCCGCCCUAUCCGUCGACGCCGAGCUCUCCCCCCUCGUCCAGCGCACAUUUUCCCUCAUAUCCCCCCCAUCUGCCCUCACCUCGUCCUCCUCUCCUCAAACCAGCAUCCUCCGCACCACCUACCUCGCCACCACAAAUCGCAUGUUACGCGUUGCCGUCAACGGAUUCAUGGAGAGUGUAAGCGUUGUGCUGGGGGUCAUGGAGGAGUUAGAUGUUGAUGUUUUGGAGGGCGCGAUUGAGGAUGAGGAUGAGGAAGUGGGUUCAUGA